AUGACAGUUCUUCAGGAUGCUGUUGCUUCGGCGCCAGUUGAUGUGGCUCGCGCCCACCUCAACCUAACGGCUCCCACAACGCGAACCUUGAGAUUUUUGCGAGCUGUUCUCGGCCUUGGUGCCUACGACAAGUGUGAAUCCAAAACCGUUCGUGCUUCAACAAAAAAGGCAGCGCAAUCAAAAGGCUCUAGUAGCAUAAGUCGAGCACCAAUUAGACCUGCGAUCAAGAACAGGCAAAAGCCAGGCGCAGCAAUCCAAAUCCAUGAAAGCAACGACGAGCAGCUGCCGCGUCUGUCGAAGGCUGAGCGACAAAAGAUAGCCACCGAAACAUUCAACUCCACGUUGAAGUGUCUUGGAGAGGCUGCCAAAGCUCUAAGAGGAGCUCCAGCAACAAGCACCACGCUGUCCUGCGACUCCAUUGACGAACCACUCCAAGCGAGGUCACCGAACAGAGACCGAAAGAAACCUGCCAUCAACUCCAAGAAGAACACCCUCGGCACUCUCCCGACAGAUUGGAGCUUAGUGGCAGAUAUUUCCUACUCUGCAUUGCAGUUUUUGAGGAUAUAUGAUUCCGAAGAUGUGAUAUCCGCCUCGGACAAUAGCCUUGGUCUGGAGAAUGCCGCGUUGAUCUUGCUAGACAGAACCAUCUCCUUGAAUCUCACAGCUCAAGCACACCGUCAGCUCUGCGACAUCCACGAAAGAUACUAUGGGGGUCAGGUCAAAAGGCGACCUGCUUCACAUACAAGUAUCGCGAGGUUGCUAUUAGGGCGACCAGACGCAGCAGACGAAAGCCAAAGAUUCCGAUUCACAGCAUCGCUGCAGAGCCAAGCCCUGCGCCUUGCUCUAUUGGUUGGACCAAAAUGCAUCGACUCGGAACUCUUGAGAUCACUUCAGCAGGAGACUAUAGGGAGUCCAGCCUGGGUCACGUCAAAAGGGCUGGGGAAACACUUCCUGACAUCGGAACAGUCUGGUUCGCAGCUUCGCACUAUCUCCCUUGUGUUGUCUAAGCUGUACGCCCUUUCGACGAGCUCAAAAGCAGAGAGCCCAUCACCACCGGAUCUUUUCAAGCUCUUUUGCUUGUCGUUGCGUAUCAAGUUCGAAUCUUGGGGCCGCUCUGGCCACUUACCAGAACCGGCUACGGAAGUAUGGCGACCGCUUCACAGAGCAAUCAAGCAACUGUUUGCGACUUCCAAGGACCUGAGAGUGUCGACAACAUGCAUGUUCCACGCACUUGCAUCAUUCCAGAAGCUUAUGAAGGCAUCAGAAUGUGAAAUUUUGGUUCCCGCAGAUUUGAUGGAGACUCUAUUACACAUCAUCCAAGAUCCAGACGAAUAUCCUCAGCUCAUUGCUCUGGUGGAAGAGCGGCUUCGGCAAAUCAACGGCGUUUCGCAUCUGGUAUUACGGUGUCAAAUCGCUGUAUCUCGCCUAAGAGCUUCAAGUGGAUCGCCAAAGACAUUGGAGUCGUUAAACGGCGUGGAAAGUGCUCUUGCAGAGGCAGGAGAACUGUCUGCCGUAGAGCUUGACAGGUUCCUACUGUACCUGGCCCAGCUUCGCAAAGCAGCCGCCGAACUAAUCUUGUUUGACAAAGCACGACCUGUUCCGGAAAGAAAUGAGCCUUCCCUAGAUUUUCGGACGAAUCUUAUCCGCUUGACCUAUUGUUCCUUCAACUUCCUACGUCGCCACAUCCGCCCGGUUCUAAUGUCAGCUUCCAAUGAUUCGAGCAUCGAGAAGAGCAAGGCCUUCCUAAUCACGCUUCUGAGGACCGUUGAUGCUGUCCUGUCAACCGAACAAUGUGCUAUCACCCGAGACUCAGACCUGGCGGCGGCGGCAUUGGAGGCCCUCGAAGGCUGCUCGGCAGUGAUCCAAAUUCUUCGAGGCGAGUGCGCUAGCUUAAUCACGCAGUGUCGAAUGGAGACGUCGUUGAACCAGCUUAGAUUACGGAUAUCUCAGUUGUUUUGGUCACGAUACUCGGAAGCCGUCAAAGAGGGCAAGCCUCCUUUGGAACAGGCCAAGAUCCUAGACCUGUCCCUCCUGGGCCUGUCAGAUUUACCAUUGAGCGACCAAAAGGGAGCGCAUGGUGCGAUCAAAUAUGAAAGGCUAGCAGCUUGUUACCUGGAGGCGCAAGACUUUCAGACGGCCGAGACCGCUCUUCGAAGCGCCAUCGAAACCAGCAUUAAGGAAGACGUCCUUAGUCAUGUUGCAGCGUCGCUCCUCUCUGAUUCAUUUCAUGGUGCAUGGUCAAAUUCGGACUCGGGAAGCAGAGCCUUUGGAAGAAUUUUAAACACAUAUACCAAAACCAUUCUUGACCAUGCCUCGAGAAGUGGGAACGACGACAGCUUUUACGAUGAUCCAUCGUUGCCAACAUUUCAUCGCGCUGUGCUGCUCGAGAAACAGCUGCUUGCCAUUUUUGAGCUAGACGUGAAUGGCCGUCGACUUAGUCUAUGUGCAACAAUGGUGAAAGCUCUAUUGUCACUCCUGCAACAGCCAGUAUAUCAGGUGUAUAUCAUGAGGUUCAUUAAUCAGCUAUUACAGUUGGCCUUGAAGAAGAGGGUACCAGCUGCGACCUUUGUCACUGACUUCUCUGUCAUUCACAGAGUACUCGCGACUGACCUUACGACGAGGGAAAAUGUCUUCCUGCGGAGGUAUGAGCCAGAGCUUCGUGCGCUCCUCGACCUCCAAUAUGGAUUUCUAACUGGAUUGCUACCCAACCGAACAUUCUCGCAAAGGGUAAAACAACUGUGCGAGAUCGUUCGGACAUGCAGGGUCGACGAAGAGAUACGUGUGAACUGUCUUGACGUGGGAGCAUAUGUCAAUCCACUUCUGCUCUCGGUCGAACAUGCGGCAUUCCUUGGAAAGUAUGAUGUUGGUCUAAUGGCUCUGGAAGCUUUACAACAUUUAGUAGAACUUGGAGUUCACGUUCCAGAGAUCUCAUACAAAAGGAUCCUCCUGCGGAAAGGUCAAAUCCACGACUUGUUAAAGGACCCUCAGUCUGCCCGCAAGGCUUUUGCGAUGAUUGAAAAGGCCAUUGAAGGCGAGAAUGACCGACUGUUUGAAGCCGAAUUUGCACUCGCCUAUUCGGAACACCACCUGUGUGCGGACGAUCUUGGUGAAUGCACUAAGUGGCUAGAACGUGCUCGGAUUGCAUGGCAGGCCCGUGAACGGUCAGGAAUCGAGGCGUCGACCAAGGCCAGAUUGCGAGAACAGAGCACGUGGUGCAGAGCUGCUCAUUUGGCGUCGCGACUGGCUUAUGAGUCAAGUCAGCUUGCGAAUGCCCUCGUUCUCGCACGACAGGCCGCCAAAAUAUCAGCAACUAUCUGGGCUUCAGUUGAAAAGGUUUCGGCUUCCGAAACUCCUGCGCAGCUAGAGGGGUCGUUCGAUCAAGAACUGCACAGUCUUUCCGUUGAGUUCUCAAAUCUUGACUUGUCCUCCCCUCCGACGAUACGAAUGAGGCCGGGUGCAGUUGUGCUUGAGCCCGUGGUGUCGUUAUGCUGCUCAGUGUUCAGCCACAUGGCAUUUCUGAAUGCCCAUUGCGGCAUAUAUCAAGAUGCCGCUAUAUUCUACGAGCAGACACUGAAGAUUGCCCGUAAAUGGGGGCACUUGAUUCAUACGACAGUUGCGCUGAGCCAGCUAAGUCUGCUGCAUGCUCGAGCAGGUCAAACGCAGAAGGCACAAAAUAGUCUUCAGGAGCUGUCGCAAAUCACCAUGGACUUCCAUGCAAAUUGGAUACGGGGACUUGUAUCCCUCAAUCAAGCCGAAACGUGUCUAAUCCUUGGGGACGACUCAGCUGCUUCUCGGUGCCUGAUCGAGGCGAAGCAGCUUCAAGUUGACAAGGGUUGUCCGACCAUCGAACCGGCCGUGAGUGCAUCUCAACAGGGUACAGCCACCAGCGCCUCAGUGAAGCCUUCAGGGAGAAAACGCGCCAUCAAGGGACAGAAAGGGAAUGACUCGAUCAAAUGUUUACCAAAGGAGUGUGCAUCGUCCUGGAAAUCUUCUUUGGAAUUAACCGGCUUUAGUAGUAGAAUCUCAAUUCUGGAAUCUAGGCUUCGGACGUUCCAUGAUUGCGCAGGUUCGAAGAAUCCCCUCGAUACUGGCAUGCGAUGCGACAGAGACGGCGACGGCCGUAACUCCACAUCAAUCGCUCUCAAUUUGGUCCAGGAGGCACUCAAAAUUUUCUCAGAAGAUACCAUACACAAUGUGCUCGCUGAAACGGCUGUCGCCAUCCCAGUAAGGUACCGAUCAGCGAGAAAAAGUGGCAGAGUUUCAUUUAUGCAAGCUGCAGGCUCUCGGAUAAUUGAUCAAAAGAACCAGGAUCCAAAGAAGAGGUCGAAGCAAAAGCAGGCGGUGGAGACACUCAAGGACGGCAAGGCACUGCUGCUUCAAGCCUACGAUAUCCUCCAGGAAACAAGCAGCAAAGAGCAAAAUCGAGUACCUUGCGACGUUGUUCACACUUGUCACAAACUAUUGAUCCAGAUCAGUCUGCUCUCAUCAGCCUUGAACCAACCAUUGGUCAGCUGUUCUUCGAACGUCGUCCUGGACAUAACGAGCCCCCUUGAUCUCGCGCUUACGCGAGGACGCUUCGUGACUUUUGGCGAACUCCAUGCAGCCAAGACGAUGAGCAUGGAAGAUUGGCCCAAUGCACACAAUGUCGAUGACAGCCGGAUCUGUCGAAACUCAGACAAACUGCCGAAUUAUGACACGAGCCUUCUACCAUCAUCGUGGUCUGUCGUAUAUCUUGGGCUGAACGAGGAUAAAAACGAGCUUUUUGUGGCCCAUUUGGCGCACCAGAGGUCGCCAUUUGUUGUCAGGAUCCCUCUAGCACGACCAGAUCCAUCAGAGGGAGAAGGCGAGGAACUUGACCUGAAAACUGCCAAAGCCGAGAUGCAAGAGAUCAUCAUGAAAGCAAACUCUAGUUCUCACGACUCCAGGGGUUCUUCAGUCGAUAAGUCGGUCAGAAAGGCAUGGUAUGCCGAGCGUCAAGACUUGGAUCGUCAGCUCGCCACGCUUCUAGAAAAUAUGGAGAACAUCUGGCUUGGUGGCUUUCGAGGACUGCUCUCUGCUUCUAACACCGACGAGAACGGACUCAGAAAAUUUGGACAAUGUCUCUCGUCAACGCUGAAUCGGCACCUUCCCUCGAGGCAGAAACUGUCGAAGUCAUGCGACCAUGUGGUUGAACUCCAUGAUCAUGUGUUGGAGCUCUUUGUGGCACUCGGUCAUCCUCGAGAAGUGGAGUUGGAGGACGCGGUCACAGACCUCCUGUACUUUGUUAUUGAUAUCUUGCAAUUCAAUGGUGAGCGCAACGCAUAUGACGAGAUCGAUUUUGACGCCAUACUGGUUGAGGUAUUGGAUGGGCUGCAUUCUUACCACGAUCGACGAUCAAUCGCGCAGGAGAAGCGGGGCCACGUGAUUCUGGUCUUGGAUAAAGAGUUGCAGGUGUUCCCCUGGGAGUCGUUGUCGUGCUUAAAGAAACAAGGGGUUUCUAGGAUGCCAUCCAUCGCAUCCGUUUGGGAAAGGUUGAAAGUCAUUCGAGACCAAUCACACGACCUCCAAGGUUAUCUGAUUCCGGCAACAGAUGGUGCAUAUAUCCUCAACCCGUCUUCUGACCUCAAGGCAACGCAAGAGACCUUUGGCGAGAUUUUGCAGAGUCAGCUACCCGAGUAUCGAGCCAUUAUCAACCGGCAGCCUGAGGGAAAAGAAUUUGAGACGGCUUUGAGAGACAGUUCGCUCAUGCUCUACUUUGGCCACGGCGGCGGCGGGCAAUACAUCAGACCUCGCACUAUCCGUAAGAUGGACAAGUGUGCUGUGACACUGUUGAUGGGUUGCAGCAGUGCCAAGUUGACCGAAUGCGGAGUAUAUGAGCCGUAUGGGAUGCCUUUGAGUUAUCUCGGUGCAGGCAGCCCUGCAGUGGUGGGAACAUUGUGGGACGUCACUGAUCGGGAUAUUGACCGUUUCGCAAUGGAGAUGAUGGCGGAAUGGGGGUUGAUCGAUAUUGGAGCCAGCUCAGGAGCACAGACGCUCAAAAAGCCUGGGAAAGCUGGAGCUGGCAAAGAGAACGGAACAAGGCAACAGAUAUGUGAUGGGCAGAGGAUAGGACGGGUGGCUUUGGAUGAGGCUGUGGCACAUGCGCGCGAUGCGUGUUUAUUGAAGUAUCUCAACGGUGCAGCGCCUGUCAUGUACGGAAUACCCGUAUUUUUGGGCUAAGAGCAGAUAUGAAUAUCAAACUC